CCGUGCGUGAUGACGUAGACGCAGCUCGCGGGCAGCCGAGGCUGAGCGGGUCCAAGAGGAGCGGAGAAGCUUCUGGGCUACUUAGCUAAGCCUGGAAAAUGAUAAAACAUGACCAGGGAGAGGGUCGGCUCGCUCCUUACCAAGUAGAGUCAACAGAUCUGUAGCGCAGUAGCUAUGGAAUCUGAGGCUAACUUGUACCAUGUGGAGUUCCCAGACUUCUCCUGCUCCAUCCUCCAAAAGUUGAAUGAGCAGCGUCAGAUUGGUCAGCUCUGUGACAUCACGGUGGUCAUCCAGGGCCACCGCUUUCGGGCCCACAAGGCCGUGCUGGCGGCCAGCUCGCCGUACUUUUGUGACCAGGUCCUCCUUAAGAACAGCACAUGCGUGGUGUUGCCGGACGUGAUGCACCCCGGCGUGUUCGACAGUCUGCUUCAGUCAUGCUACACAGGAUCGCUCUCGCUUCCGGUGGGGGAGAUAGUGAGCUUCCUGACUGCGGCCAGCUUUCUCCAGAUGUGGCACGUGGUUGACAAGUGCACCGAGCUCCUUGCAGGGGGCCAGGCCAUCCUGUGCCAGAAACCUGGCCCAGGUGGUGACCAUCCAUCUCCAGGUUACUGUGGUUACAACAGCCCAAGGCUAGACCUAGACCCAGCUGCCGCAUGCCGGCCGUGUGCCAAGAUCACGGGCUACAAAGACAGGGAGAUGGAGCGAUUGGUGGAGAGCUGCUUCUCUCCUCGAGCCCUGGAGCGGGACGGCAUCCUCGCUGCGUCUCCACCCUCUGAGCAGGACCAUGGGAGCACAGAAAUGGCCAGCCAGGACGGGGAGGACGGAGGCAGCGACGUGACGGAGUACCGCUACCCCCGGUCCCUUUACAUCCGUCCCGGCGUCUUGUACCACAAGCGAAUGGUCCUGGUCAAGCCAGAGAAGAUGGAGCAGGAUAGCUGUGAGUUGGGUGGCGCAGACACAUUGGGGGCUGAGGCUACCGAGGAGUUAGAUGGGAGGGACCCUGAGGGAGUGAACCCCUCAGAAGAGGGAUUCACAUCGGUUGCCAGCACCAGCUCCCUUGAUGCCAGCAUGGAGGAGAAGAUAGAACUGGAGGAGACGCAGGGAGGUCAGCACUCGUACGACGAACCCCUAGACUUUUAUGGUGCGUCUAUGGAGGAGUUCUCUGCUGACAAAGUGGAGGCCCCUCCCAGGGCAUCCAGGGAGGAGGCUGGGGGUCCCGAGAGGGAAGACAGCUUGGAGCCGGCCACCGGGAUCCGGGAGGAGACCUCCCACUCGGGCUUUGCGGCCGUGGUCUACAAGCUGUACCCCUGCCAGUGCGGGAAGAGCUUCACCCACAAGAGCCAGCGGGACCGGCACAUGGGCAUGCACCUGGGUCUGAGGCCCUACGGCUGCGCUGUCUGCGGCAAGAAAUUCAAGAUGAAGCACCACCUGGUGGGCCACAUGAAGAUCCACACCGGCGUCAAGCCCUACGAGUGCAGCGUCUGCGGGAAGAGGUUCAUGUGGAGGGACAGUUUCCAUCGGCAUGUGUCGUCUUGCACCAGGGCUCAGCAGGUCAAGCAGGAGGCCCACAUCUGCUGAUCCCAUCUGCCUCAGCCUUGACAAAGGUGCUUACUACUGAGUUGGGAAAGGAACUGUUUUAUAUAUAAAUAUACAUAUAUAUUAUAUUGCCUUUUUUCCCCCCAAGUUUCAUGUUUGUUGCUGACAGGGACGGAGUACGGUGGUGCCUGCGGUUCACCAAUGUUGUGGUCUGUGAACAAUUUGGUUAACGACCAAAAAGUUCAUGAAAAGAAUGCAUUGGUUUGCGCCCAAUAUUUGGUUGACGAACAGAUUCCUCGACCAGAUUCAUUUUUUAUACUAUUGUAGCACUGUUGGCACGCGUGUCCCAGCAUGCAAUUGUAAAUAGAAGGACCACAACAGGCAGCCGACGAGCACCGAACCCAAAUACACAGACUGGAAACACAAGGUUGUCAGCCGCCGAACUGCAAGAUGCACACGGUGGAACAUGUACACAUGCUAAAUACACACAAGAAUCGGACCAGGUACAAGCACACGCCUGACAAUAGGGAAAUUAAACCAUUAACAUUAACAACAACAACAAUACAAGGGUUAGGGACUGUUAAUAAAGAGCAUGAUUUCCCCGGCAAGCAAGUCUCCAUGUCUCUCCCUGCUCCCGCGAUACCAUGUUGUGUUUUUUCUUUAAAGUUUUUACUAAACACCAAAAAAUUAACAAAAAUUAUUUUGUUUAUAUAUUUAAGCUUGUGAACAAAUUCAUCGAAUUUCAAUGCUUAUGGGAAAAGUUGCCUUGGUUUGUGUUCAGAUUGGUCCACAAGUCAGGAACGGAUUGCAUUUCAUGAACCUCAGGCACAACUGUAUUAAUUUUCAUUAUAUACUGUACAUAUGAAACAUUUUACUAUGUUUUUUUUUAUUCUUUUGUAGUAGUUAUCCAUCCAUCCAUUGAUUGCUGAACUGCUUAUCUUGGUCAUGGUCAGCUGGACCACUUUGGAACAUUCUGUGGGCAAUUCAGAGAGGGAGCAGCGGGGGAUUGGAGCCCUUGAGCCUGGAGGUGUGCGGCAGCAGCGCCGGUCACUGUGUCCCGUUAGCAGUUAUGUUAGCGCUUAUUAAGGGCUUAAUCACACGUGCACUAGAUGUGCAAAAUGAUUCCUUUAUGACUUUAAGGCAUUCAGAUCCCCUCCCAAGAAUUUUCUUAUGUUGUUGCAUUUUUAAUAGUAAAUAAAAUACCUUCUGUUCCAUAAAUAGUCAUCUAUAGACAACUUAAAUGUUGGGUUUUACAUGCUUUAAGUAGGAGCAACUUAUAAUAUAUUGUCCAUCAUUAAUAAUUUAACUAAAAUCUGUUUAAUUGUCUUUGAAGUCAGUCGUUGAUUCAUUUGCUGGCAUUAAUAAUGCUUAACAAUGGCUGUGAUUAAGUACAGGAAGUCCCCCCCCCCAACAUGAAGUCAUUCAGUAUUUAUUCUGAGAGAUAUUUUGUCUCAACUCCUGGUUAGUAACUGUCUCUAUACGGGUAUUCUUUUCAGCCUAGCAGCAUAUGCAGUCAUUUUUUUAAUGUAUGCAUUGAUGCCAAUAGACUGACACUCAACAUGCUGUUUUAUAUACCAAUUCCAGUCUGCUGAACAGAAAAACAGCAGCUGCAGGUAUUGUUUGCACAGUGAAGCUUAUGGUCAGUGCUGUUUUCCUCUUGUUUUUGUUUCAAGUGUGGAGGCGGAGUGGAGACCCUAUUAAGACUGCACACAGAUGUGUGUAUGUAUGUAUAUGAACAUCAGAGGUGUUUUUAAUUGAAAUUCCUGAUUUUUUUUCUUUCUUUCAGAAGCAUGUAAAUAAUACACAAAUGCCUUUGGUAGAUAUUAAGUGUCAUUUUUAAAAUUUGUCAUUGCUGUCACCUUGAAUUUCUUCUGCUGAAACAAGUGCUACUGCUUUACCUUCACUGAGUACUUACUGCUCACCAUAUAAGUUAAAUUACAAAUAACAGUGGAAAAUAAGGCAUGAAAAAUUAGUAGGUUUUGAAAACCAAGAAAACGGAUUGCAAAAAGAAAAAGUAACGGUUGAUUAAGAUUUGCGUUCUAAAAUAAAAUCAAAAAGGUGUAUUAUAUAGCAUUUAACAGAGAUUAAUGUGUCUGAAAUGUGAAGCGCCUGGUUUUGCCAGCCCAGAGGAUGAAGUGUGUCACUGUUUAGGUUUCUCAUUGUAGUUACAGGAGCUGCUGCAUUCUAGGUAAAAGGUACUGACGUCUGUUUAUGGUUUCUGAUAGUACAGAUUUUACAGUGCGACGUACUGGAUUAUUUUUAAAAAAAAUCUAUUUUGGUACUUUCCAACAAUAAAAGGCUGGAGUGUCACAUGGUAUUUCCUACACCUCUUUUGUAAUUUUAUUUGAAAUAGCGGUGAUUUGGAACUCAAAUUUUUCAAUUUACUUUGCAUGUUUUAGUACUUAUUAAUUAUCCAUAAUUGCUUUGUUAUGAAACCUAUUUGGUUUAAUCAGACAUAUUGGUGUAUUUUGCUUCUUUUUUCCUGGCACUCUCGUGCCAUUUCCUCGAGCUCACACUGCAUUUUGUACUUUCCCUUUAUAAAGGGGGAUUCAAGUAAAUUUUUUGAGCAGGAUGACAACUACAUGUGAUUUAUAAAACGUUAAACCUGUUUUCAGUAUUUGUGUUCUGUACUCUAGUACUUAGAAAUUUUACACUAUGAUUGUGUUAAAAAUAAUGGAUAUAUCACAGUGAUACUAGAACACUUUGUGUGUAGUUUAAAAUGGUACUUUUUAUUUAUUGCUUUGUUUAUAUGGUUUGUGGGGGAAAGUCUGCCUACUCAUAGAAUAUUAUUGCCAUUAGAAAUUUCUUCUCAUAGAAGAAUAUUGUGGCUCUUUUGUACAGAACUGUUGAGCAAUAAAUGUAAGCUGUUUUAAUUGUA